AUGCCACCAACUAGAAACAAAGGAAGUAAUGAUCUUAAAAUUAUUCUUUCCGGGCCACCGCCAUGCGGUUACCUCCCAUGUGAUACCAUUAUCGGCAACAUUGUACGAUCAAGAAGCAUUCUCGCCACAGACGCUGUGAUCACACUGUCUUUAUACGGUCGCUCGAAAACAAAGAUCAAUAAGAAAGGAAAACGAUCCCUCGACUCUCGACAGCUGGUCAAAAUAGGACCCAGGGCUAUCUUCAAAGGUGCUUUACAUUUAGCAGAGGGCAGCAAAGUCACACUUAGCUGGCCUUUCGCAGUCGGCAUCCCCUUUGAGCCCUCGACAUGCAGGACAGGUCGCGAUUGCGGAGUCAGCUUGAUUCCUUUAGAUCAGGAGCAUCCCGGUCAUCAUUUGUUCCCGGCGACAUUUGAGUCCUUGGAUCCUGCUUUUGGCGAGCCGGCGAUGUGCUUUGUUGAGUACUAUAUCACUGCACAUCUCCAAUCUGUAUCUGCCCGCUGUUCUGAGAGCUGUGAGGCAGUACACAGAAUUAUAAUACGACACCCGCUAGAACCAUUAUUCACAACGCCUAAACUCAAGAUUUUUGAAGCCGAGGGGCAGAUUCAGAGCCACCGUCUGAUGCCGGGAAAAGAGCAUACGAAGUUGACGUUCCGACAACACAUGCAAGCACUUCUUGAAUCUUCCAAAGUGCCAGAAUUCAACUUCCGUAUCAUUCUCAAAACACCGGUUGCCAUCCAGCUGGAUAAUCCAGAGCCUUUUCAGCUCACAAUCGAAAUUCAGCCUCAGCUCGACAGAACCAGCGACAUCCUUCAAGACCGGAUGCCAAACGUUGUAGUCACCGAUAUUCAAAUGGUGCUCAAGCAAAACACGGUCCUUAUCGGAGAGGACUUAUUUGGCAGUAGCCUUACACACGCAUAUUGGGAGCUGGUGGAGCUGGGGUUAAGCCAUGCGUUUUGGAAACAGAAGUCUCCUAUCACCAUCUCUACUGCUAGCGAAGAUCCAUCGUUAAACAUAGGCGAACUUUUUGGAUUAACCAUUCACCGAGAUGGAUUGGCAUCGAAUGGAGUAAUCCUAAAUGGCGGCAAGGAUAUCUCCCCCGACUUCCUCACUUAUAACAUUGGGCGUACGCAUGAGGUUGGGUGGAAGGUGACUAUUCUUGUGGCUGGAAGAGCCCAUGAAGUGAAGUUUAAUUCUGAUAUAAGGAUCGUCGCUGCCCCGGGUCGUUAA